CAUGUUUACACCUCAGCCACAAUCUGAUCAAUUCUCAUGAUAUCAACACUCCUGAGAGGAAACGUCUGGUCCACCAGGGUAGAGCCAUUGGCCUUGUUAGAAGGAGGAGUGCGAGCUUUGCACAAAGGGACUGUGAAAUCCACCAGCUGCUCUGAAGUUACCCAGCAUUGAGUUAUUCAAUCUUUUAGAUUUCAGAGCCCAGAGAAGGAACUUGUCCUGCCUCCGGAUUUGGAGAUGGACCUUGUUUGAACUUGGCUGGCCACUCAUCGUAAUCCUCGAGCUUCUACCAAUUUUUUUCUGACACUCACUUUUGCCAUCAGCAGCCAUGUAUAGCAGUGGCUACUCCCAGGUUUUUAAGUCGAGCCCGCAGGCCCAAAAGAAGGCGGUGUACCGCUCCAAAGGCAAAAGCUGCGGCUACUACAUGCGUAUUGUCUUCUUCUUCUCCUCACUCAUCCAGUCCCUCAUCAUAGUCAGCCUUGUGCUCUUUCUGGUCUACGGUAAGACGCAGGACUCGGCGUCCCCUUUGCGCAUCCACGACCUGGAGGAGAGCUUCAGCCGACUGUCCAUAGAAAAUGAGGCUCUGAAGCAGCAGAGGAAAAAUCUGACCAAUUUACUCAACACCACCCUGACGGAGAAAAGCCGCAACGACUGGGACCUGAACAAACUGCGCAUCCUCACCAACAUCUCAGCGCACCUAAUCCAAGAUAGGGAGCUGAAGCUGCAAGAGUUCUUCCAGAAGUGGCAAAAUUGUGAGCGCACAAAACUACCAUUUCAGCCCUCCCGUAUAACACAUCCUUGCAACUGUGAUCUGAUGAUUCAAACGCUGAAAACAAGGAUCACGCUUUUGGAGGCCAACUUCACACAAACAUCCCUCAGGAUGAGGGAUCAACUGGACCAGACUGCCAAAGAGAGGGACACCAUUAACCUGGAAGUCAUCCACCUGCGGAGGGAGAAAUUCACACACGAAAAGGAGAUGGAGUUCUUUAAGCAGAAAUGCAAGGAGGACUUUUCACAGUUGUUGAGUGGGAUCUCCGAGGUCUCCAAGGCUCUCCUAGAGAAGAUCGAUUCCCUCUUCCCAUCACACAUUGCCUUCCAGCUCACCUGUCCAAAACAGAGGGAACACCUGGAGCAGAUCCGCACUAAUUGCUCCAGCCUGUCCAAUGAAGUGGAGGACAAGCUUCAGCGUUACCUGGAUGUUGUGGGGGGAAAGAUGUCCGACAUCCAGGCUGAGAACAGCCACUUGAAUGCAGAGAACUUGCGACUGUCUGAGGACUACCGCUGGUGCAGCAAUAACCGCACGGGCCUGAUCCUGCAGAACAGGCAGAACAUAGACAAGCUUCAGCAGAAACAUGAUGAGGACAAAGAGAAACUCCUCGUUGACAAGAUGAGGCUAAAUGAAAAAUUUGAAUUGGAGAUGCUUACCGUCCAGUACAAAAGUAAAUUGAUUGAUGAGCUUACAGAGCGAAUUAAGCAGCUCAACGUGUCCUGCGCAACAACGCCAGGGUUUGGAUUUCCAGGAGGCCCGACAGGUACACAGGCUAAGACAGAGUCCGGAUGGGGCUUGGGUGGAACCAACUCUGGCUCAGCCAGCUCUUCUAGUGGGGGUCAACUUGGGAGGUCAGGGUCAGGGUUGGAUCCCCAAAACUCAGGUGGGACAGGUUCCAAUAAGCCAGCACUGAGUGGAAAAGGCUCUUCAUCUUUUUGGAUCACCUUCGACUUCAAGUGGGAUAGGCUCAAAUCAGCCACAUCAAGUCAUGGGGUCAUCCUCCGGGUCGACUGGGGUCGACAAAUAAAAGUGGGCCAACCAACUCCGGAUAUUCCUGGUUCCUGA